ACCUUCACGUGGAACUGCGGCUGCGUGGAACUUCAGACGAGAGAAGUUAGCAAGCAAACUAGUUUGUUAUCUGGAGCAAGUUAGCAAUUGAUCUUGGUCGACUUAAGGACGUUGAACACAUUCUACCCGAUUCUACCUGGUUGUCGUGAGUUUCGUUUUCCUGUUGAAGACUGUUCGAAGCUGCGAUGAACCAGUUUGACCAUCUGAAAGAUGAGGACCAAGAGGACCUGGAUGAGACUGUGUGUAACCGUGAGGAAGAUGGUUCCAUCAACAACAACCCUCGCAAGAUGGUGAGUCCUGCAGCAGGAGAACAUCCUCUCCAGUAUAACUAUACCUUCUGGUAUUCUCGGAGGACUCCGUCCCGGCCUGCCAACACACUCAGCUACGAACAGAACAUACGACAGAUCGGCACUGUUGCCUCAGUGGAACAGUUCUGGAAGUUCUACAGUCAUCUGGUACGCCCAGGAGAUCUGACAGGUCACUCAGACUUCCACCUGUUUAAAGAGGGCAUCAAACCCAUGUGGGAGGAUGAAGCCAAUAAGAACGGGGGGAAGUGGAUUAUCAGGCUGAGGAAAGGUCUAGCCAGCAGGUUCUGGGAGAAUAUUAUCCUUGCCAUGUUGGGUGAACAGUUCAUGGUGGGAGAGGAGAUCUGUGGCGUAGUGGUUUCUAUACGCUUCCAGGAAGACAUUCUGUCCAUAUGGAACAAGACAUCCAGUGACCAGGUGACGACGUCUAGGAUCCGAGACACUCUUCGACGUGUCCUCAACCUCCCACCCAACACCAUCAUGGAAUACAAGACCCACAACGACAGCCUCAAGGAUAAUUCCAGCUUUCGCAACACAAAAAUCACCCUGUGAAGAGGAGAGGAGAGGGAGAAGGAUGGAUGCAGGAUGAGUUUCUUGUGGUGUUUCCCUGGUGACCAUAACAUUACCUCUGUGUUAUGAGAGAUCAUUUCACUGUAGUGUUGCUAUGGAAACAUGUUACUUUGGAGACUCAUGAACAUUCUGUUUUUUAACUUGUCCCACAGCUUGGUGUGUUUGUGCUUGUGUGCGUGUGUCAGAGACAGUGUGAUGGUUCCCAUGACUACAGAAAUAAAGGUGUCUACAUCC